AUGGAGGCAUGUGCAAAAGUUGAUCCGAAAAAACUAAAUAUCCACAUUGUACCUCACACUCAUGAUGAUGUUAGGUGGUUAAAAACAUUUGACCAAUAUUACUAUGGAGGUAAGAAAAUAAUCAAAAUAGGAGGAGUUCAAUAUAUUCUUAACUCGAUAAUUUUCAAAUAUUUGAUUAUGUUCUAAAAUUUUAUAAACAGAUUCAUUUAUGUGGAAUCAGCAUUUUUCUUCAAGUGGUGGGACAAACAAAAUGAAAAAAUAAAGACAAUUGUUCGAUCCUUAAUUAAUGAAGGAAGACUCGAAAUAAUUGGUGGAGGUUGGAGCAUGAAUGAUGAAGCAGUGACCCACUAUCAGUCUAUAAUUGAUCAAUUUUCUUGGGGUUUUAGGAGAUUGAAUGACACCCUCGGAAAAUGCGCCAGGCCAAAGAUUGGAUGGCAAAUUGAUCCCUUUGGACACUCAAGAGAACAGGCAUCAAUGUUUGCCCAAAUGGGGUUCGACGGUCAACUUUUUGCCCGUAUUGAUUAUCAAGACAGAGGUAAACGAUACGGUAGUAAGACGGCAGAAUUUAUUUGGAGGGGUAGACCCAAUUUAGGCGAGAAUGCGAAUUUAUUCACAUCCGUACUUUUUAACCAAUAUAGUGCACCAGAUGGUUUUUGUUUCGAUAUUACCUGUACAGAUGAACCUUUGAUUGAUGACCCUGAUAGUCCAAAGUAUAAUAUAGGCCAAAGAGUAUAUCAAUUUUUGUCGUAUGUUAAGAGACAAUCAAGUACCUACAGGACAAAUAAUAUUCUAAUUACUAUGGGAAACGAUUUUAUCUACCAAAAUGCUGACAUGUGGUAUACUAACUUCGAUAAACUCAACAAAAAAAUGUUACGAAAUGGAGAAAAAUCCGAGGACCAAGAUUCUCUAGAAUUCCAUUCUUGUCCAUUAUUGAAUAUUAGUUCCUGUGAACACACAGAAGUUAAUAAAAACUUUAUAGUUACCGUAUACAAUCCAACGAGUCAACGUCUUAGAACUUUCAUCAGACGUCCCGUCAGAGGAAAAUCUUAUCAAGUAACAGAUUACACAGGAAACGUAGUCGUAACACAAAUAGUACCAAUUUCGACAAUAAUUAAAAGAAUUCCUGGUCGGGAAACCUCUGCUUCAUAUGAACUUGUAUUUUUGGCAACUAGAAUACCUCCUUUGGGCUAUUUUGUCAUAUUAUGUCCUUUGGUGGGUGAACUUCAUCUGACCAUGAACGAGUGGAUCAGCCAGGUUGUUAGAGUUUACGAUGGAGAAGAAAGAAUCGAAUUUAACUGGCUUGUUGGUCCCAUUGAUAUCACUGACGGUUUUGGAAAAGAAAUAAUAACUAAAUAUACAACAGAAUUGCAAUCAAAUGGUGAAUUUUUAACUGACAGAAAAGGUCGAGCAAUGUUAAAACGAAAGAGAAAUGAACGACCCACAUGGAAGUUAGAACUCGACGAGCCAGUUGCUGGAAAUUACUAUCCAGUAACGACGAAAAUUUCCAUAAGCGAUCAAGAAAGAAAAUUAAAAAUGCCUGCUCUUACUGACAGGGCACAAGGAGGCAGUAUUUUAAGGGAUGGUGAAAUUGAACUGAUGGUUCACAGAAGAUUGUUGUGUGAUGAUAAUUUUGGAGUCAACGAAGCUUUAAAUGAAAUUGCUUAUGGAAUAGGAUUGGUAGCUAGAGUAGAGCAUUCUGUGUUAAUUGGAAGUCAGUCCGAUUCAUUUGUACUUCAGGAAAAAAAUGAGGCUAUGAGGUUGUCGCUUCGACCUUGGAUUUUUAUCACUCCUCUUGAAACGACAUCCUAUGAUGAUUGGACAAAAAAUUAUAGGAUGCACAUUUUUGGUCUGGUUGAAAGGUUGCCUUCCAACAUUCAUAUCUUGACUCUAGAACCCUGGAAAGACGGAAGUGUUUUAUUAAGACUUGAACAUCUCUUCGAAGCAGGCGAAUCAAUCAAAUAUUCUAAGCCAGUUACAAUAAAUAUACAGGACCUAUUCUCAUACUUCACCGUAACCGACAAAGAUUAUGUAGCAGGAAACAAUUAUACUGUUCAUCCUAUUAAUGCUAAAAUAGGAAACGAGAUGGAAGUGUUAUUAAUGCCAAUGCAAAUUCGUACCUUUGCUGUGUAUCUCUUACCACGCGUUAGUAAAACUGAUUUCAAAUAUAUGUAAUAUUAAAGCAGA